GAACGAACUGGCGUCGGGGUCCACGAUCCCCGCUGAAUCAGGCGAGGUGGAUUCAUCCAACUAAUUGACUAGUUAACUAACUAGUUGGCAUCUGACGGACGGGUUUGCCCGCGGGAUGCUGCUGCUGCAUCGAACUACUUGGGGAUGGAUGAGGUUAUACGAGAAAUCGACCCCGCCCCAGCAGAGUCGCGCGGGAAUAGCACUGCUUGGCACCACCACCACUACCACUUACCGUUCCGAAAGACUGGACAGCUUGCUGUCGUGGUUGCACUCACCAUCCCUGCUCAGUCUCUCGUAUUCAUUCCACACGUGUUGGACAUCAAAGGGAACAUUUCUCCAUCACGCACAUAGCUAGCGCCGUAUUCCCCUCCCCUGGCGGACCAGUCUACGACACGGAGUCCCCGGAUCAAGAAAUGCCUUGGCAUUGCUGACACGUCUGCCUCUGCUGGUCUGGGCAUUGCCCGGGCAAAGCAAAGAAAACUGGCUAUGCUGCGCCUUCAAGUACGCCAAUCCCGGGAGGAAGUGAACAAGUGC